CUCGCAUCCUCCUUUAUAGAGACCUUGACCACAACUGAGCAUUUUUUUCUUGUACCCAACGCUCGCCUCACACACACUGUUGCUUCAGUCUUGCAUGCAUCUCUGUACCGUGCGGAUCCACUCCUCUUGUGACUUGUGAUUGUGUUGUGGGUUAAAGAAGGAUGGCGCGUAGCGCGGCUGUAGUGGCGAUGGCUGUGAUGGUGGUGGCGAUUGCUGCAGAUGUACCAUUCAUUGAGACUAAAGACGGGCGCGUCUCAGGCAUUGUGGAAGAGUCGUUGAAGGGCCGAGACUUUUUCUCAUUCUACGGUAUUCCUUAUGCUCAGCCACCCUUGGGAAAGCUGCGAUUCAAGGACCCUGAGCCCUUCCAAAACUGGGCGGACAUAGGUGAAGCCUCCAUCCCUGCAGCACCAUGCAUCCAGUUUUCAUUUGCGGCAAAGAUAAUCGGAAAGAAUGAAGUGUUGGGUAAGGAAGACUGCCUCUACCUCAACGUCUUUACACCCAAGGUGAAAGAAAACGCGAACUUACCGGUUAUGGUCUGGCUUCAUGGAGGCGCAUUUCUUCGCGGUAGUGCCGAAGAAUACCUUCCUCAUGUUCUCCUCGAUCACGACGUUGUGCUGGUGGUGGUGCAGUACCGGCUGGGUGUCUUGGGUUUCCUUUCUACCGAGGACUCGGUAAUGCCUGGGAACCUUGGCCUCAAGGACCAGACCAUGGCGCUUCAGUGGGUGAAGAGGAAUAUCCAACUCUUUGGCGGAGACAAUACGCGGGUCACCAUUUUUGGGGAGAGUGCCGGCGGGGCCUCCGUUCAUUUCCAGAUGCUGACAACAAGAGCGAAAGGUCUUUUUUCCCGUAGUAUUCUACAGUCCGGCACGGCACUGUGUCCCUGGGCCCUCAACAAUAGUCCUCGGAAAGCAGCGCUUCAAGUGGGCAGUACUCUUGGCUGUCCUACAGACCAGGGUAGCGAGGCUCUCCUUCUCUGCCUGCAGGGAUUGGAUGCAAAGGCCCUCUUUCCUCUUACCGAAGAUUUCACAAAAUGGUUCAGAUUACCAUUUAUCUUUACUCCUUGGGUGGACGGUCACUACCUGCCUGACCACCCUGCCCAACUAAUGCGUGAAGGGCGCCACGCAAAGGUGGACAUCAUAUCGGGCAUCACCAGAGACGAGGGAGCUCUUGGUGCUUUGCCUGCGUUAGCCGAGAAGCAUUUGCUGGAAGAACUACAGCGCAACUUCAGUGUGGCCGGACCUGCGUCCCUUGAGCUUGUGGGCAGGAGCGAGGACCCAGUGGGCGUGGCGCGUCAGCUGUACCACCACUAUUUGGGCACCACCCACGUCACUGAGGCGCACGCUGAAAACUUCAUGAGGAUGUUUACUGACAAUCACUUUGCCGUGUGCCAUGACCUCACCACUGCCCGCCACGCCCAGGCAGUGCACCCCACCGGCCGCACCUUCCGCUACGAGCUGCAGCACUACGCACAGCUCUCCCUGAGUCAGCUGCUGUGCCCUUCCUGCGACAAGAAGUGGGUGAGUCACGUUGACGACCUGUACUACCUGUUCCGUGGCGGCCCUCUCCUGACGCCGCCAACCGCACCCCAAGACCGUCCUAAGGACCUGCAGCGGCCUGACGACCUUGCCCUCAGAGACAUCAUCACGACUCUCUGGACCAACUUUGCUGCCACCGGGAACCCAACCCCUGACGCCUCCCUGGGCUUCACGUGGGAGCCCAGCACAGCAGACAACCUGCAGUACCUCUCCCUCACACUCACGCCCUCUAUGCAGCCCGACAAUCGCAAGGAGACGCGCAGGUUCCACAACUCCCUUCCACUCCAGGAAAAUCUAAUCCUUCAUCCUCACCUGGUGGAAGGCGGACCAGAUGCACCAGAGGAUGCCACACGCUCCCUAAAGACUGAGCUUUAUGUCACAGCGUCGCAGGCCGGGGAAUCCCUGAAAAUGACAACGCUCAAGCGCUCAAUUCAGAAUGGUCAGACCAUUGACAGGUGCAAGAAAAAUCAGACCAAAUAUUUAGCCUCAGGGACCAAAAGACAACACAUAUGGACAUCAGGACAAGAGCAAAGAAGUUCUCUGGAAAAAUGUGUGAAGCUCACAAAGCAUAUUAUGCUGUGCCAGUUGGGAACCAAAAAAAGACCUGGGCACCUCAUUUUGCUUGUGACCAUUAGAUCUUGGUUUGACAAAGUCAAAUGCUCCUCCAAAAGCCUGAAAGCUGUACUUCUGCACAAUGGAAACAAGUAUCUAUCUCUAUCUCUUGCUCAUGCUGUGCAUCUUAAGGAGGACUACAACAAGUAUGGUUGGGAAGUUAUUGGUGACUUCAAGAUGGUGGCUUUCUUGAUGGGGCUGCAAGGAGGUUUUACCAAGAAUCUCUGUUUUCUUUGGCUUUGGGACACUUUUGACAAGGAGUCAGCUGCCUUUAAAUAUCUCCAAGACUUUUUUCCUAAGCUUUCAGAGGCAAAGGUGAAAGCUGAUAGGACCACACAUAUGGAGUGCUCAGAAUUUCUACAGAAGCUCAUAGAAAAGGAGAAAAAAAAGUCUUGGGAGCGCUUCAUUGCUAUAGUACAAAGUUUUCUUGGCAACAACAAGGCUGAUAACUAUAUGGAACUGGUUGAAGCUUUAGUGAAAAGCUAUGGUGAGAUGUGCUGCAGAAUGUCCUUUAAGGCCCAUAUCCUAGAUGCUCACCUUGACAACUUAAAGAAGAAUAUGAGAGCAUAUUCAGAGGAACAAGGGGAGCCCUUCCACCAAGAUAUAAUGAACUUUGAACAGAGAUAUCAGGGAUCCUUCAAUGAAAAUAUGAUGAGAGACUACAUUUGGAGGCUCAUAAAUUGGCCCGUAUUUCCAAUCGCAUUGCGUUCUUCCCCUCUAACCCAGCACAUCACCCAGCUUUCCCCACUCAGGAUGGCGUAUAAAUUGAACUCCACGAUUCCACUCACUACUCAGCCUCGGUCCCCACACGACAGAAGCAUCGGCACAUCUCAGCAUAAAAUCAUUUUUUCUCUUCGCUCGUACUUGACAACCCUAAACAACGGAGGAAUGUGGCCUAGCCCGCCUACAGUGCUGGUGGCGGUGCUGGUGGUAGUGGUAGCUCAAGUAACUGCUGCGGAAGUGCCACUCGUUGACACUGAAGAUGGACGGGUCUCGGGCAUCGUGGAAGAGUCGGUGAAGGGCAGAAAUUUUUUCUGUUUUUAUGGUAUUCCCUACGCUCAGCCACCCUUAGACAAGCUGCGGUUCAAGGAUCCCAAACCUGCACCAAGAUGGAAGGGAACACGUGACGCCUCAGUGCCUGCGGCGCCCUGCCUUCAGGGCGACCUUAUGGAUGAACAAGUGAGAAAGGAGACCUUGAGGGGUAAAGAAGACUGCCUCUACCUCAAUGUCUUUACACCAAAGACACAGGUGAAGGAAGAUAGACUUCUGCCGGUGAUGGUUUGGAUUCACGGAGGAGGGUUUUAUGCUGGCAGCGCUCAAGAAUACCUUCCUCAUAUCCUUCUCGAUCAGGACGUGGUGUUGGUAGCGAUACAGUACCGGCUUGGUGUUCUGGGUUUCCUAUCCACUGAAGACUCGGUAAUGCCUGGGAACCUUGGUCUCAAAGACCAGACGAUGGCGCUCGAAUGGGUGCAGAGGAACAUACACGUCUUUGGCGGGGACAAGACGCGUGUGACCAUUUUCGGGGAGAGCGCCGGUGGGGCCUCCGUCCACUUCCACAUAUUGACACCAAAGAGUGAAGGUCUUUUCUCCCGUGCUAUUCUGCAAUCGGGAGCUGCACUGUGUCCUUGGGCUGUCAAUAGAACACCUCGGAAAAUUACCCAUGAAGUGGCCAAUAUUCUUGGCUGCCGCACAGAUCAGGGAAGCGACUCCAUCCUCGUUUGUCUGCAGGGAAAGGAGGCAGCUGACCUUGCUCUUCUUUAUCAAGUAGCACGCGAGUGGUCAAUUCUGCCGAAUGUCUUCACUCCUUGGGUGGACGGCGACUACCUACCAGAUCAUCCUGCCCAGCUGAUGCGUGACGGGCGCCACACCGAGGUGGAUAUCAUAGCUGGCGUCACAAGAGAUGAAGGGGCCUUUUUUGCAUUGGUUCCACUGAGAGAGAAACAUUUACUGAAAGCGCUACAACACAACUUCAGCAUGGCGGGACCUCCGUCCCUUCAACUAGUGGACAAGAGCGAAGACCCAGUGGGAGUGGCGCGCCAGCUGUACUACCACUACUUGGGCACCACCCACGUCACCGAGGAGCAUGCUGAGGACUUCAUGAGGAUGUUUGGCGACCGUCACUUUGCUGUGUGCCAUGACCUCACCACCGCCCACCACGCCCGCCACUUGCACCCAAGCAAAAAAACUUUUCGCUACGAGCUGCAACAUUACGCACAACUCUCCUUCAGCCAGCUGCUCUGUCCCACCUGCAGCCGUGAAUGGGUGAGCCACGCCGAUGACCUGUACUAUUUGUUUCGCGGUGGCUCGUUCUUGACCUCGCCAACCGCACCACAUGAAAGACCUAAGGACCUGCAGCGCCCUGACGAUCUGGCCCUCAGAGACAUCAUCACGACUCUCUGGACCAACUUUGCUGCCACCGGGAACCCAACACCUGACGACUCCCUGGGCUUCACGUGGGAGCCGAGCACAGCAGACAACCUGCACUACCUCUCCCUCACACCCUCGCCCUCCAUGCAGCCCGACAAUCGCGAGGAGGCACGCAAGUUCCACAACUCUCUUCCCACACAAGAAAAUUUAAUCCUUCAUCCCCACCUGGUGGAAGCCAGGCCUCGGGAACCAUUGGACGUCACGCGCUUCUCAAAAACAGAGCUGUGAGCCACUAAGUUUUGAAAAAUACACCCAAGUCUAUCAGAAAUGUGAUAAUUUUAAGCAUUAUGUAGAAGAGUGUAUUUGCAUGAAUAUUGAGAUUAUCGACCAUCGAACAACAAAAAUGCUAUCAUAUUUUAAGUCAUAUCUCCAAUAUUGAGAUUUAGAAUUAGUUGAGUUGACAACGAAGAUUACAAGUAAAUAAUUGAAUGUAUAUGGAGGUAAAUAAUUAUAAAUCAUCUGUGAAAACAAAAAUGUCGACAUUAUAAUCAAUAAGAUUACUAAAGUCUAAUGCAAUUUUGAAGGCUUUUGAAACAGACAUACGUUGAUUCGUAUUUCAUAACUUGAUAUGGUUAUUUUCAAGUUACAUUUAUAUGAUGAUUAUAGACGACUUCCUGUACAUUAUAAAGUUUGUAGAUAUAGACCCUAACCUAAUUAUAUAAGCAAAGACUUUUCACGUCACAUGUCCUAUCCGAGUGUUUGAUGUUUGAAUAAAUGAUUUACAAAG